UUGCAUUUUGCUAUUUAAUUAAUUUCCUAUCCUCCCCCUCUCGCUCUUGCAAUUCUCGAACCUUCCCCUUCCUCACUGCAGUGAAUUCGCGUCUUCGCCUGAGCUGACCGAUCUCGGGCCUGACCUCACGGGGUCAUUGCCGCCAUGGAGGACGAGUUCGCCGACCGGUCUUCCUUCGAGAACAUGGGAAAUGAAAUUAAGGAAGGGGCGGCUGGUUUCAACCCAGCAUUGAUUGUGCUACUGCUCGUUUUGGGGCUCUUGCUGACAUUUCUCAUUGGGAAUUACGUCCUGUACUACUACGCGCAGAAGACCCUUCCUCCAAAGAAGAAGAAGCCUGUCUCCAAGAAGAAGAUGAAGAGGGAGAGACUGAAGCAGGGGGUUUCUGCACCAGGAGAAUAAAUAGGCGGCUUUCGAUAUCUGUUUCUUAUUCCUAUUCCCAUUGUCUAACUGCAGAGUUUCGAAUUUUCCAAUUUGGUGGUAUCAAUGGGAUAUUGAUGGUGUUGAGCAUUUUACCUUUUUCUGUUUCUCUUUGAUUAUGAUAGCAGUUAUAUCGGGACCUUUCAAGUUAAAGUCCCCUUAAUGGACGGUUGGCGUAUCACUAGAUUGGAAGCAAGUUGUUUUAGCAUUUGAAGCUUUGGUUCUUCCUGCAAUGCCAUCAAUUUCUAGA